UCCUUGGAGAAGCGGAGAAAGGUUCUGGCUAGCGCCGGGCGCCCUAGCUCUUCUGCCGGGGCAGUGGCGGAGGCUGGAGGCCCUGGCAGGGGCGUCGGGAAGGCGGAUUCCGCUUUCCUCCAGCGCUAGGGGGCGGGAAGAGGGGGUCGGGCCAGCGGCGCAGCAAGCCGCGCAGACAGCGGGCUGAGCGAUGGAGGCCGACGGGCUGCAGUGGGCCGGCGAGUCCGUUUCGGGCCCCGGGCCGGGAGGCGGCGGAAUGAUCCGCGAGCUGUGCCGGGGCUUCGGCCGCUACCGCCGGUACCUGGAACGGCUGCGGCAGAACCUGCGGGAGACCCAGAAGUUCUUCCGCGACAUUAAGUGCUCCCACAGCCACAGUUGUCCCUCCUCCCCCGCGGGCGGUGGCGCGGCAGAGCUUGGCCCUGCCGGCGACGUCGCCGAAGCCCCGCUGCCAGCGGGCCAGCUGAGCUGCAUUUCCUUCCCACCUAAGGAAGAGAAGUAUCUCCAGCAGACUGUGGAUUGCCUUCCCUGUAUAUUGAUCCUCGGCCAGGACUGUAAUGCCAAGUGCCAGCUGUUGAACCUGCUGUUGGGGGUGCGGGUGCUUCCCACCCUCAAGCUGGACAAUGACAAGAGCUGUAAGCUUCGGCGCCUCCGCUUCACCUAUGGGACUCAGACUCAUGUCAGCCUGGCACUCCCUGGUCAGUAUGAACUAGUACACACGCUGGCUGCACACCAGGACAACUGGGAGACCAUCCCUGAGGAAGACUUGGAGGUUCACGAAGACAGUGAGGACGCUGCUCAUGUGUUAGCUGAACUUGAGGUGACAAUGAGUCACGCUCUGCUACAGGAAGUGGAUAUUGUGGUGGCACCAUGCCACAGUCAUCGGCCGGUGAUAGAUGUUCUGAGUGACUUGGCGAAUGAUUUCUUGCCUGUAAUAACCUAUGCACUUCACAAAGAUGAACUCUCUGAGAGGGAUGAGCAAGAGCUUCAGGAAAUUAGAAAGUAUUUCUCCUUUCCUGUGUUCUUUUUCAAAACACCCAAGCUGGAGAUAAUGGACUCUUCCAGUGGGAGAGCAGAGAGUGAAAGAUCACCACUGUAUCGACAGCUAAUGGACCUGGGCUAUCUGAGCAGCAGUCACAGGAACUGUGGAGCCCCUGACCAGGAUAGCAAAGCUCAGAGCAUGUUGGUGGAGCAAAGUGAGAAGCUGAGACAACUGAGUACAUUCUCUCAGCAGCUGCUGCAAACUCGCCUAGUUGAUGCAGCCAAGGCCCUGAACGCAGUGCACUGUCACUGCCUUGACAUCUUUAUUAACCAGGCUUUUGACAUGCAGCGGGACCUGCAGAUCACUCCCAAACGUCUAGAAUAUACUAGAAAAAAGGAGAAUGAAUUGUAUGAAUCACUGAUGAAUAUUGCAAACCGAAAGCAGGAAGAAAUGAAGGAUAUGAUUGUUGAGACACUUAAUACUAUGAAAGAGGAACUUCUGGAUGAUGCUGCCAACAUGGAGUUUAAAGAUGUCAUUGUCCCUGAGAAUGGAGAAACAAUAGGCACCAGAGAGAUCAAAUCCUGCAUCCGGCAGAUCCAGGAGCUCAUCAUCUCUAGGCUUAACCAGGCAGUAGCCAACAAGCUGAUCAGCUCAGUGGAUUACCUACGGGAAAGCUUCGUCGGGACCCUGGAACGGUGUCUGCAGAGCCUUGAAAAAUCACAGGAUGUCUCAGUUCAUAUUACUAGCAAUUAUCUCAAACAGAUCUUAAAUGCUGCUUACCAUGUUGAAGUUACAUUUCACUCGGGGUCCUCAGUUACAAGGAUGCUUUGGGAACAAAUCAAGCAGAUUAUCCAGCGUAUCACAUGGGUGAACCCACCUACCAUCACUCUGGAAUGGAAGAGGAAGGUGGCCCAGGAAGCCAUAGACAGUCUCAGCGCCUCCAAGUUGGCCAAGAGCAUUUGUAGCCAGUUCCGCACUCGGCUCAAUAGUUCUCACGAGGCUUUUGCAGCCUCCUUGAGGCAGCUAGAAGCUGGCCAUUCUGGCCGGCUGGAGAAAACCGAAGAUCUGUGGUUAAAGGUGCGAAAAGAUCAUGCCCCCCGUCUGGCCCGCCUUUCAUUAGAGAGCCGGUCUUUACAGGAUGUCUUGCUUCACCGUAAACCUAAAUUAGGACAGGAACUAGGCCGGGGCCAAUAUGGUGUGGUGUACCUGUGUGACAACUGGGGGGGACACUUCCCUUGUGCCCUCAAGUCAGUUGUUCCUCCAGAUGAGAAACACUGGAAUGAUCUGGCACUGGAGUUUCACUACAUGAGGUCUUUGCCAAAGCAUGAACGAUUGGUGGAUCUCCAUGGAUCAGUCAUUGACUACAACUAUGGUGGUGGCUCCAGCGUUGCUGUACUGCUUAUUAUGGAACGGCUACACCGGGACCUCUACACGGGGCUGAAGGCAGGGCUGACCCUGGAGACACGUUUGCAGAUAGCUCUGGAUGUGGUGGAGGGAAUUCGCUUUCUGCACAGCCAAGGGCUUGUUCAUCGGGAUAUCAAACUCAAAAAUGUGCUGCUGGACAAACAAAACCGUGCCAAGAUCACUGAUUUAGGAUUCUGCAAGCCAGAAGCUAUGAUGUCAGGCAGCAUUGUGGGGACACCAAUCCAUAUGGCCCCUGAACUUUUCACAGGAAAGUAUGAUAAUUCUGUGGAUGUCUAUGCUUUUGGGAUCCUUUUCUGGUACAUCUGCUCUGGCUCUAUCAAGCUCCCUGAGGCAUUUGAGAGGUGUGCUAGCAAAGACCAUCUCUGGAAUAAUGUGCGCAGAGGGACCCGUCCAGAACGUCUUCCUGUGUUUGAUGAGGAGUGCUGGCAGCUGAUGGAAGCAUGUUGGGAUGGUGACCCCUCCAAGAGGCCUCUCCUGGGCAUUGUCCAGCCUAUGCUCCGGAGCAUUAUGGACCGGCUCUGCAAGUACAGUUCUGAGCAAGCAAACAGAGGACUGGAAGAUUCUACUUGAAGAGAAAAACCUUUCUCUUCCCCUCUGUUCCUUUUUUCCCUCUCACCUUUUGGCCGUGGGAAGAACUUGACAUUUGUUCACUAAGAGAGCUCCCAAUGGAACUGGUGCUUGUUGGCAACUUCAGACCUUCCUGGGCAGAGACGGCUUCUGGGCAGUGAAGAAUUCAGUGGCUCUUUUAGUGUUCAUACUGCCUUACACUGUCUCUUUGGCAAAAGAUUGUCUCAGAUGUGUAAAAGCUAAAGAAUGUGACGUUCUGGCCUCAGAACUGAAAAGGAGGCAACUGUUACCACUGUCUAUUCACUGUAUGUUUCUAAAACAAGUGGAACACUGCAGUGCAGGGUAUAGAACUAUCAUUUUUGUGACUUCAGCUUGAGCUGGAACCAUUAAGUUCUAUCCAAUGGUAGAGACCACUUAGAAAACAUAACCUUAGUUCAUGAUUGUAAUAAUCAGCAUUGUAUGACUGUAAAGGAAAACAACAACAACCAACCCAGCCAAAUGUACCUUGUGGUUACCUGGUUCUUGUUCUCUGUAACCAGGAUCUCAGGUUGUAAUAAGUCAAAGCCCUAGGAGGCAUCUGGGUGUGAAGCUGUCUGCCCUCACAAUCCAGUGUGUUUACAUUUCCGGGCCAGGGUAUCCUGGUUUUUGUGGAGUAAGGCUAGCCCAAACAGAAUCUGUUUGAUUCUUGGGUCUUUCCCCACCCUCUACCCUUUUAGCCCUCAAAAAGGAGGGAAAACUUAAGAUAACAUGGUACUUGGACUUGAGAGACUGAUCAGAAAUAGACUAUAAUGUUGUUGUUGUUUUUAAUGGGAAGUAGCCCAGGCUAGCCUUAAAGUCCGGCCUUUUGCCUCAGCCUUUAUAGUGCUGGGAUUACAGGCAUAUGCUACCAUGCCCAGCUUUUAACUAUAACUCACUCUUUUCUUCUUCUGUGCUAGAGAUCAAUCCAACAGCGCACAUGUGCUGAUAAGUGCUCUCCUACAAGCCACACCCCAGCUUCAUAUAGUUUGUAAAGUUCACUUUGAACACUAGGCACCAUGAGCCUCAUGACGACACAGUUGAGCAUGGUCUCCUAAACACUCUUCAACAGUGCUUCAGAAACGCAUGCAAUGCUUUAUACAUGCAGACUAUAAUGGACAAGUGGAGGGCCAGUGUCUUUGGAUUCAUUGGCUCUGGCCUCAUUUUGCAGAAUGCUUAGUUUAGCUCUUAGAAUUUUAACACCUACUCAACUAUAGUUAGUUACUCUGCUCUGAGCAUUAACAUAUUGCCCUCUGGAGACAGUAAGAUAUUCAGGAAACCAGGAGUUGUGAAAAAGAAAUGAGUCAUUGCUACUAGUUAGGUCUGCUGUGUGUGAAACAUGAAGAGGUCUUGUUUAGUUAAUAGACCUGUUGAUCCUUGUUCUUGAGUCUGACUGUAAUAAGAAGGCUAUAGUUCCAGAAUGAAAGCCAUAUUCCUAACAUUCUUUGGACUGUUCAGCUCAUAUUUGGACUCAUAAAUAGGUUAGAUUUUUUUCCUCAUCCAGAAUCCCUUUUCAGUCUACGGUCAGAUUACAGGUUCUUCUUAUUUUAAAAAUUUAAAAAGCCUAGUCCCUACAUUUUUCUGCUCCAUGGGAGGAAGGGAGAGGCUAAUGAUAAGUAGGGAGACAAGCAGCAGUUUUAUAGUUCAUUCAUUAAAUGUAUCUGAGAAAGGUCCAAGACACUCCUGAAAGUGUUCAGGCAAGCCAAAGGCCACAUAAGGUAUUUGGUGGCAUUUUUUCAAUGCUCAGCAGGCUGAGUAUGUGGACACAUGUUUAGUUUGUAUGUAUUUUACUUUAUAACAUUGUAAGCUAAUUUUGGAUUCUGUGGUUUUUGGCAUCUAUUAUUAUUUCAGUGAUGAAAUGUCAUGAAUGUACUGUAUUGUAUAUCACUUAAGAGGACACUAGGCAGUCAGAGGAGUGUGGAGGCACUUGUGUGGUACAGGGCUUUACAGGGUCAAAGUUUUGAAGAUUUACCUCUGGGCUGAGGGAGGAAGAAGGGUGGUAUGAAGAGUUACCUUUACUGUGUGCCAUCUUUCAGAACAUUUCCAUAAGGGCAGUUUACUCCAGCCUAGCAGUGAUACCCAGCUGCUUCUUGGGUGCUGAAAGUCUGGCUACUCAUUUUGAUGUGGAAUGGAGCAGCAGGCCUUUCUUCAAAGCAAUCAGAAGAAAUGCUGGCAGAGUCUGGACCCUGCAUGGCUCAUUUGUGCCCUAGAGCAAUCUUUCACUGUUCUCAGAAAGAGGACUGCCCUGGUUGAUGCCAGACCAAAGAGAGUCGCUUUUGACUCCAUCGAGUUUAAGGGACAGGGCUAGGCAGCCAUGGUUCAGCGCUAACACUAAUGCUCAAGGAAAUCAAGGAAAGGAUGCAUUCCUACCACAGCUAGAGCAGGAGAAUGGUAAGCUCUGCACACUUGUCAGCUCCCCAAAUGCAUUUCUGUAUUUUCACUUGAACUGCCAAACAGGUUAGAGCACUCAGGGUAUGUGUAAUUCAAUGGUAGGAUGUGCUUAGCAUGCACUUGGCCUUGGGUUCAGUGUCUAGGGCCAACAAAAACAAAAACAAAAUGCAAAGGUCAAAGAGGGGCUGGAAAAUGUUUUUCUUGACAGAAGUGGCUUGGGUAGUAGGCCUGCAAAGUGACAACUGCACUAAAUGACACUUUGUUUCUUGUUGUUGUUGUCUUAUUUAGCACUGAGAAGCCCAGGGGAUGGUUGAGUACAGUAACACUUAGGGAAACUUAGGCACCCUUUGUUCUUGCUCUGGAGAGAUGCCCUGCUUGUUUGAUCUAGCUUACUGGGAAAACUCCCAAGACUGUGUCAGGAUCAAUUAAUAGCCUUGGAACAGUGCAUUCCAAAGGAGGAGCUGCUUUAAGUGUUCAAUACUUGCAUUUUCUAUUUGUUGGCUCAAAUAGUUCACAUAUUCUUUAAAAGAAAAUGAGGAUUUAGUUUUCUAAAUGUUGGGGUAUGUGAAAUUGAGCUAGUGUGUGUUAGUGAGGGUCAGGAUGUGGUGGCCUUAAGACAGUUGUACUACAGACUCCCCUAGUAGUUCCAGCUAGUGCUGCUCUUCAAGAGUUUUAUUUUAACUUCACCUGCUUUAUUAGCAUCCAGUGUGACUGACAUAGUGGUGGAGACUGCAAACACCUGACACUGGGGAGACCAGAGGGUUGACAAGAAAAUUAGUUUGGAUAGCUUGCUGUUUUUGUUUGUUUGUUUUUUCUUUUUUGUCUUUAUGUAAUGUUUUUAUUUGUCUUAAAGGACUAAUGUUUAUUAUAGUGUUAUAUACAAGUAUAACAUAUUGUGUAGAAUAAAGUGCAAUAACAAAAAAAAUUUACUUUGACACAAAUUUUAUCCUCUGUACCCUCCUUUCCUGUGCAGUGUGGCUCUUCCCACACAGUGGGACCAUUUUUUUUUUUUUUUGAGAGAUACAGCCCUAGGUUUUGUCUCAGUGUGUCUUGAGUGGCUGCACUAGGUUUUGUGGAGUUGUUUAUAAGAUGUUAGGAUAUGGACACCACGUGUGCUAUGUAAUAAAGACCACAUUAAUAUUUCAGUGUUA